AUGAAAUUUCCAUUACCUCAUGAAAAAAAACUUCCACACGAAGUUCCAAUUCAUCGGCCUCCAACGAAGUUACAUAAUUCCAUUCUUUUCAGUCGCAUUGCUGGUUCAUUAGUAGGUUUAGCUGUUGGUGAUGCUCUUGGUGCAAGUGUUGAGUUUCGUCCGCGGAAAUAUCUGCUUGCACAUCCAGUUCACGAUAUGACAUCGGGUGGAACAUGGAAUUUGAAAGCAGGCCAAUGGACUGACGAUACGUCGAUGGCUUUGUGCCUUGCGACAUCGUUGAUCAAUAAAGGAACGUUUAGUCCUUACGACCAAAUGGUUCGAUUUAAAUGGUGGUAUAGAUAUGGUUACCUAUCGUCUACUGGUGUAUGUUUUGAUAUUGGUAAUGGAACACGCAAAUCGUUAGAGGAAUUCACUCGACGGCAGGUGAAUUUGAAAAAGAAACUUCAUAUAAAAGAUGAUUAUGAUGUUGAUCAAGUUCCGCAGAAAACUAUAGAUAAACUGCAGUUCAACGUCUUUUGUAGUGGACCAGGCGCGUGUGGUAAUGGAGCUUUGAUGCGUCUUGCUCCAGUACCUCUGUUUUUCUAUCGUGUUCCUCACAUUGCUGUUGAAUUAUCCGGUCACAGUUCUCGUUUAACACAUGGCGAUGAAGUUGCGAUCGAUGCUUGUCGUUAUCUCGGCGCUCUAAUUGUAGCAGCUGUUGCAGGCGAAUCAAAAGAAAAUCUUCUUAGUGAACGAUUCUAUGAAUCACACCGAAGUUGGUUUGGCCGAAAAGCUCUUCAUCAGGACAUUCUCCAUGUCGCUGCUGGAUCGUUCAAACGACAAGGUGGUUACAACGAUGGCAUUCGAGGUGCCGGACAUGUCGUUCCAUCACUUGAAGCAGCACUGUGGGCGUUCUGGAAAGGAAAAUCUUAUGAAGACGGUGUCAUGAAUGCCAUCCAUCUUGGUGAUGAUACCGAUACAACAGCAGCUAUCUAUGGUCAAUUAGCUGGCGCUCACUAUGGUUAUCAAAGUAUUCCAUAUAAUUGGAUACAUCAACUUUACGCGAACUCAUUGAUUUUCUGUAUUGCCGAAUGGUUACAAGCAUCGAGUUAUCGACGAAGAAAAGUACUUGAUCAUAAAAAGUAUCAAUACUCAAGUCGUCAAUAUGGCAAGCCAAAACAGCAUUAUUAUCAUCGUAUGAAUGGAAAUAUAUCCAAAUUACUCCCACGACCGGGCGAUGAAGCCGCGAGACGAAGUAUCGGUGAUAAAUCCAUGGCAAAAUAG